AUGCCCUCGUCAUCCUCGACUCGCUCGCGCAUCCCCCGCUCGACAGGCGCGACAGGCGCGAACGAGAACGUCCCACCGGUGCCGAGUCUCGCGGGCAAGUCGGCCAGCCUUGCGGGUGCGAAGGGAGGAUCGCUCAAGAUCUCGAAGAUCCCCCUUGUCCCCUCCAUCGCGUCAAAUACGGCGAACGGCGGUGGACGCACUCUCAGGAAGACUGUUUCUCAGGCGACGAUCGUGAUCCGACGCGACUCGCCUUCGGGAGACGAGCAGGACGCGCCGAGUGCCGGUCGAGACGAGCAGACGUCCGGAUUGAAAGUCCGCUUCGAUGAGGCUGAGGACGACCAGGAGCAGAUGCCCACGCCGCCCAACUCGCAGAGCCCGCCGAGGGAGAAGACGACUGCCGCAGGAAAGGGAAAGGGCAAGGCGGAGCUUCUGGCACCCACUUUAAGCCAGCUGUCCCAACCUCACUCGUCAGGCAAAUCGACUACCGCCGCCUCACGCCGCACAUCUCGCUCGCCCAUUCCUCCCGGUCCCUCUCAUGCCCCUCAAGUUCUCGCAGCCCGUCGUCGCUCUUCCGUCUCCCCUCUCCCUCCUACCGUCACCGCAUCGAUCGCUGCACCCGGCCCCUCUGCCUCGCAGCCCUCCCAAUCCUCCCGCCACACCCGCGCCCGUCCUCGACCCUCCGAAACCCUCCCCGUCGCAAUCGUCAUCUCCUCCGACGACGAAUCAGAGCCGGACGAGCUCCUCCUUCUCCCCGCUGACAAGUUGAGGGGUAGAGGGGAGGGGAAACAGAGGGUUUGGAGGGCUCAUGCGCGCGAGAUGAGUGCGAGGCCGGUUGAGGCGUUGAGGGGGUCGAGGAAGGGCGUGAAGAAGGAGAUGAGUGUGGAGCGGGAGCUUGAGGGACAGGCGACGACGAGUCAGCCGUCUCCCGCUUCGCUUGCUUGGGACUCAGAACCCGUCCCGGCAUUCCAGCCUCUCGCUUUCGACGACAACUCUGCCGCGCCGAGCUUCGACCAGUCCGCACCAGCGGAAACGGAGCAGGUUGACGGCUACGGCGCAGACCUGGGCGGCUUCGACGGUCACAACUUCGACUUCGACGCAAACCCGAUCCAGUUCGGCGAGACAGCCGUCGAGCAGCCUGCCGAGGACGCAGCAGUGGACGGCGAGAACGUCGAACCGCAGAAUGUCGAGCACGUUCAGCAGGACCAGUUCCUCGACUUGCAGGAGCAAUCCUCGGGCUCGGACGGCGAAGGCGGCGCAGAGCCUGCGGAGGAGAUGCAACUCUCGCCCGCUCGUUCGACAAUCAUGGCCGACGCCGCAAACUCGGACGUCUCGACCGAUGACGAAGCCGAGGCGGAGGAGGUCGACGCGCCCACCUCGUCCUUCUUCCAUCCUUCCGCGUCGGUGCGCCGCGCUCGCCCUUCGUACCCGCCACUUCCGCCCAAUCGUACUGGCCAGUACGACUUGAUCGUCCCCGUUCGACUCGACAGUUCGCCUGUCCGUGGCGCUUCUGUUGCUCGCGAGGCGGAGACUCAGGAGAAGGAAGAGCUCGUUGCAGAGGAGAAGCGGGGUCGACCGGCUCGUGACUGGAGAAGAGACAGUGUGGAGCAGGAAGAGGGAGAUGUCUUUGGUGCUGCGCCUGUCGAGACGGGGCAGGCUGUCGAGGCGGAAGUCGAAGAAGAGGAGGUCAAGCUCGAGGAGCUUUCGCAGGAGGUGCCGGCUGCGGUCGAGUCUAGACGCCAGGUGUCCACAGGACCGGCUGCAUCGUCUGCGUCGACACAAGCCUACGUCCCCGUCCUGCCCGCCCUCCUCCGUCCCGCCACGCUCUUCUCUCCCUUCCGUUCGCCCUCGCCCGCGCCCUCCUUCGCCUCCCGCCACCAACCAAAUUUCGCCUCCCCGAAGCUCCCUCGCGAACGCUUCCCCUCCCUCGCUCCCUCCUCACACGCCGCCUCACCCGCUCCCCUCCCUCCCUCCUCCGCAAAAGCCUGGACUCGCGGACCCGCUUUCUUCCGCUCCAGCUCGUUCUCGCCUCCCCCUCAUGCGGGGCUGGCGCGCACUGCGACGCUGUAUGAGCGGAAUCCGAGGCUGAGAGGCGGAGACGUGGAGCAGAGUAGGGAGUAUCACCAGUUUGCGGGGUUGGAUGCGUCGAGUCCGAUGGUUGAGUCGGUCAAGGCUGUCGAGGAGGAUGUUGGAGGAAGCGGCGACGGCAGCGAGGAGGACGAGGAUGACGAGGAAGUCGUGCUCGUUGGCCAGGAGUCGCAGACGCUUGAGCGCAGCAGGUCGCAGAGCGCCAUGCCGGACGCUUCGCCUUCUCCUCCCGCCCUCGACGCCAGACCAGCUGAGUCACCUUCGCCAGUCGAGGAGACUCAGGAGCUGGACGCCGUCGACAACGACGAGCGGAUGGCUUCGCCCGCCGCCUCGAUGCGCUCGUUCGCCUCGCCUGCUCGCUCCGCGAACGGCGACGUCCUGAUGUCUUCGCCCGCCGCUUCAAUCCGCUCGGUCGUCAUGGCGUCGCCUCUGCAGGACCGCAGGCAGCAGGAGUCGACACCGGCGUCGAGGAAGGGCAAGGAACGAGCGUCCCUUUCGCCGUUGCGGAGUGUCGGCGGCAGCCCUCUCAAGGCGCGGAUAGGCGAGUUUGUCGAGGGCAGUCGGACAAAGCUGCAGGGUUUGCUGUUUGGACCUCGCGCUUCGACGCUGCGAGCGGAAGACGAGUCUACGGCUGCAGACGAGCAGGCCGCCUCGCCAUCUGCCGACCCUGCACAAGGCGAGAAGGCUCAGUCUACCGAACACGAGGAGGACGAGCCAUUCUCGCGACCCUAUCUCCACCCGCAAACGCGAACACUCGCGCCCGAUUCAACCUUCCCGACCCUCUCACACUCUCGCUCGAACGCCUCCCUCGCUUCGAACACCUCCACUCGUUCGCAACGUCGUCGCAGGCCAUCGCACCCGAGUCUGCCGGUCAUAGAAGUCUCCUCGACCGACGCCCGUGCUGCAGCUCGUGCGGCUGCCAUCCUCAAGGUCCACCACAAGUAUGUCGAGCAGGGCAUCGAGUCGGUUCCAACGGAGAAGGGUGACGCAAGCGAGGAGCAGCGCGCUGAGGAGGAAGACGAGGAAGAGGAGGAGGAGCUGCGCACGCUGCUGCUCGACGCCGAGGACGAAGUUCGCGACCAGAACCCCCGCGGCAAGUCGCCCGCCGUCGCCACUUCUACGGAUGCUCAGCCCGUCAAGGAUAUCGCAACGCCCGCACGCAGCGAGCGCGACUCGACGGCGGGUCUCUCGAGCGUUGUCGGCGAACGCUGGACCUCGCAGGAGUGGCGGCGCCUCGAACAGACACUCGUCGAACUCGGCCGCCGUCAGCGCAGGGGCACCAGUGUCGCCUCCGUCUCCAUGACGAGCGAGUCGAUCGCUGCAGCAUCCGUUGUCGGCGAGGAUGUCGAGACGGAAGACGUCGUGGAGGCUUUCUUGCGGAAGUGGGGAGUCUCGCGCGAUGAGUGCGUCGGCGAGUGGGCUUGGGACAAGCUUGUCGUACGCGUUGAUGCGCUCAAGGCUCGUCGUGCCAAGGAUGCUCGUUCCCGCCGAGGCGCAUCCUCUGCAUCUAGUGCCCGACCCCUCCCCGCCGUCGAGCAACCUCGCAACGAGCCGCUCGAAGCUGAGCUUCGCCGUGCCUCAUCGCCGGUCGAGCAGGAAGACAACCAGGAGGACACGCCCGAGUCGCUCGACAGCGUAAAGGCGGAACCGACGAGCGACGACGAGCGCCAGUCCGUAUCGUCGAGAGACGAGGAAGGAGAGUCGAGUUCGGCAGACGAACACGACGAGACCUUCUUCGCUUCGUCAUCGUCCCGCCGGGAACGCCGUACCCGCCGCGAGUCCAUCGAGGCUGUCUACCUUCCCACGGCUCUCGCCAAUCCCGCCUUGCGCCACCUCUACGACGACACGCCGCCGGAGAAGCCCAAAGUACCUGUUCAGGACACGACGCGCGACGGAUCGCCUUCUCCAGGAUCUGAUGCGGAUGCGUCUGGUUCGGCGGGAUUGCGCGAGUCGACCUCGGCUCAGCCCGACGCUCCGCCGAGCAAAUCGCCCGGCUCUGCGUCGCGCCUGUUCUCCUACCUCGGCUCUUUCGUUCGCCGCUCUCCCGCUCCAUCGCCCUCCUCGACACGCGCCACGGCUGCCACUUCUGCCUCUGCAUCGCCCGAGCCAGAGAUGCAGCAGGUCAAGCUGUCAUCCACUCUCGUCACCCCGCAGUUUGCGGAGACGUCGAAGCCGUACCCGCCCAUCCCGUCCGCCAUCUCGGGCAAGCCGCUCCCUCACCUCAAGGACCGCAAGAUCCUCCCUCUUCCGCCUUCGCACUUCGCUCGAGAUGCGGACGCCUCUGACGACAUGUUCUCUCCCGUUGCGACGACUUCGCGGGUUACGCUCGAUGAAGAAGCGGACGCCUCGACGCUCGCGCUCGGCAGUCAGCCUACCCGUCGGCGUCGCUCGUCGGGCAACGGCGAACGCAGUCGUGUCUGGGACGUCGUCAACGCUAUCGAGGAAGCCGAGUCGUCGCGCGAGGAGGAAGAGUCCCGGAUCAUCGAGCUCCUCCAGACGAGCGGAGGCGGCGCCAAACGUCGCGCAGCGGGCGGGGACUUGCGCCAGCAGGAAGGCGACGACCCUAAGGGCAAGGGCAAGGCGAAGGAGUGGGAAUGGCGGAAGUUUGUCGAGAUUGACAAGGAGCUGCAGCGGACGAUGAUUCCGACGGGGACGAGGGCGCUCGACAGGCGGGUCAGCGGCGAGCGGAGGGCCUCGAGGCGAUGA